UUGGUGCGAGGAGGCGCCGCCAUCUUGGGCCGCUGGGUCUUCGCACCGGUCGCUGGCUGCCCGAGGUGGGUGGAAGGUGGGCCGUGUCGCGCCGCCUGUGGUCGCGGGCCUCGCCUCCUCUCGCGCUCCGCUGCGGCCCCACGAUGCCGCAGUACCAGACCUGGGAGGAGUUCAGCCGCGCGGCCGAGAAACUCUAUCUCGCCGAUCCUAUGAAGGCACGUGUGGUUCUCAAAUAUAGGCAUUCUGAUGGGAGUUUGUGUAUUAAAGUAACAGAUGAUUUAGUUUGUUUGGUGUAUAGAACAGACCAAGCCCAAGAUGUCAAGAAGAUUGAGAAAUUCCACAGUCAACUAAUGCGACUCAUGGUAGCCAAGGAAUCCCGCAGCGUUGCCAUGGAAACGGACUGAAUGGUUUGGAAGGAAGAUGACCCUUCUUUGGAAGUAAAUAUCUUUUGAAUUUGAAAACAGUGUCGGGAGAGAAAAUACUUUAUGUAACUAAGUGGGCUCUUCAGAAGCGGGAGAUCGUUUUUUGUACUUUUUUUGUAAUGUUUGCGUUAGAGAGCUAGGACUGUAAAUGCUUUCAGGUAGAAAGCCUUUAUUUAUUUUUGGAAAUUGAACAAGAAAUGCAUCUAUGUUGGAAACUUUUUGCAGAUCGAUGUUGGGCGAAAUACAUAAUUAUUCCAUGGUUAAAUUUGUAUCCGUAAUUUGAAAAUGAGCUGUCAAUAAAAGCCCAUUCUUCCUUAAAUUUAGUGAAUCUGUCUUUAAAAGAAAAUGAACCGUACACAUUUUGCUGCAUUGAUAGGUUUCUUUUGGAGCAUAACAAUUGUGUCAUUGAGGACCCACCACCGUCGGGUAUGGUGAGUGGAAUUCUGUGCACAGCAGCACACCGGUCUGUCUGUGGGCGAGGCGUCUCAGCUGUGUCUCCAAGUGAUCAUGGAACCAAGUGUGCUUGACCUAAAACGUUGCGGCUUUAGCCUGCAUUUUUUACCAUAAGGAAUUUGUAGUAUCAUUCACUUGUUGAGCAGAUAUUUGCUUUGAAUCCAGCUUUCAGUGCCCGAGAACAACCACAGUUACUUCAAGUGCAUGGUCACUGCUAUACUGAGACCACCGUAUUCCAGAAGGCCUUGCCACGCGUUUCCCGUCUGUGUUUUCUCAGAAGGGCUAACGAUGUGACCCGUGAAGUCUGCGGGUGUCUGCGCCACCGCUGCCCAUCUCUCCCUUCACCAGGAUGUUGUGUGACUGUCACGAUGUUAUGUUGUCCGCUGAACCAGAAGUAUGAUGUUACUUGAUACUCAUCGUAUAAUUGUAACCCGAGUUUCACCACCUAAAUGUUCGCGUGUUGCUUCCUAUGUUAAAAUAUUUUUUGUUAGGAAUUUGUCGUGUUGAGCAACAUUUUAACCUGGGAAAUUCCGUCAGCCAUAUGACUUUUUUCAUGUUUCCGAGAAGUCUAUAAAAUAUUAUAUGGAUGUAUGUUGUCUCUUGAAGUUUUUAACUUCUCAAGAAUUUAUUGAUUUCUUGACUGGCAUAUACUAUAUUCAUUUAGUCUAAAAUAAGCCUAGUGAUACUGUAAGUAAUUUUUUUUUGUCUGUCAGUGCCUUUUAUUACAUGACUUUCUGUGAAGACCUAUGUUGAUGGCAAGGUGGUUUUCUUGGUUAAGAAAAGUAACAUCAAAUAGUAAAGGGUAUUUUGGGUUUGUGGUACCCCCGCUGCCUAGAAUGAAUGGGGUCACUGGAGGAUUUUUUGGAUCUUUUUUCUCUCAUUUACACCUUCCACUUCUUAACGGUACUUCGUAAAAAUAACCUGGAAGGGACAGACUGGGAUUCGGGGUCCUGGGGUCCUUGUAGCUCAGAGCAGAGGGCGCACGCACGCCAGACUCCCUGGCCUCCAGUCUUGGCCCCACUGCUCGCCGACCCUGGUCUCAGGAUGCUUCGGACACCGGGCUCGCAGGUGCUCCUGGGACCUGACGAGGGCUGAACGGUGUCACCUCUUUCAAGCCCUCAGCGCAGUCCCCGCAGCGGAAAGCUCCAUCACAAGAGCUGUCGGCAGGAGGACAGUUCUCAGGGAAAGGGUAUGGCCAGCCUUUAGUUUUAUUUCAUAAUUUUAAUUGAAGGAUUAUUUAGAGACAGCAUCUGCCUUUUCUGCCGAGAGCUGUGUCUAUUAUUAAACGCGGCUUCUGGCAGUUGGGAAGUGAGACAAGACUGCCCGCAACAGAGCGUGUUCUUCUGUGGGGAGAAGCCGAAAUCCUCGAACCUAAAACUUGUGUUUAUUUGUCCCUGCACAAAAUAAAGUUAUUAGGAGAA